GAUCUUGCGAGAGCUGUAGAUCUGUGCGCCUGAACAGGUCUCACUCUUUCGCCGGCGAGUCUUAUUCGCGGCCCUGUUUUCCUUGCGCGAGUACGCGUAGCAAUUAUAUAGUUGUACGGCUCAUGCAGCUUUGCAUGAGCCCCGCUGUAUUAGUGACUUUGUGACAGUGAAAUAUACACUAAAAAUUCGAGCUCCGUAAGAGUUAAUUCGCGCCAGAGACCGCUACUCCGAUCCUUUGCCUCCGGCCAUUCUCCUUUCGCUGAGGGACUCCAACCCGCACUUCCAGUGCAGGCGAGCCAUGAAGCAAACAUUUGGUCCUUCGAGCCGGAUGCGGCGAGUGAAUCUUGUGAGGAUUCGGGCCUUGCGCAAAUUUUACGCGCUUCUUUAAACGCGAUUUUCUUUCGCCGCUCACCACGUGGUGAGCACGAGAGCGCUGCUUCCGGUGCGCGCGCAUGCGUGUUCGAUCUUCGCGCGCUCCUGGAUCGGAACGUGAGUGCAGUGCGGUGUGCUUGGGAGCCCUCCGGCCCUGCUAAAGGGAUCGAAAGUUGCUCUAAUUAAUAAAAGGAAGGUGAGUGCAUCGGACUCUUCGUCCCUCUUUGAAUACCGGGAGCGCGCGCGCGCGCGAACUCUUCGGUCCACGCGCCGAUCACGUGAUCCGCCUUUCGCGCGUUCAUGCGCGGUGCACGCGCGCGACUCGUGCUUCGACUUGCGCGAUUCGGGUAACCGACGCGAAUUUGAACUUAUCUUAUUUUCCUUUGCCGCCGACUCAGCGAAAAUGAGCGUGUCAUCGGACGAUCAUGAGGAGCAAGCAAAUGAAGGAACUAAUUCGACAACAGGCCCUGGUCGGAUACAUGGACCGCGCGUGGACAAACACGCUAAAGCUAGGGCAAGCGAAGAUUACCGAGUUCGAGCUUAAGACACGGUUGGAGCGUAUGGACGAAUACUGGAGUCGAAUCCAAGAGCAAAAUUUCAAACUGGUCGCGUUCGAGGAAAUCGAGAAAACAAAUUAUUAUAAGAAUGACAUGUUUUCGAACUCGGAAGAGAGCUACCUCUCUAACCGUGCUAAAUUCCUUACCGCGAUGUCCAACUUGGCGCCCAAGAUUGCGAUGGUCGAACCAGCAGACGCGUCCGCGACACCGCUCAUUAAGCAAAUGCAGCUACCGAAGAUGAGCUUACCUAAGUUCUCAGGCGAUCAUCUCGCGUGGGAGAGCUUUCGUGAUCUUUUUCGCUCGCUGGUACACGAUGUACCAUCCAUAUCGCCGGUUCAAAAGCUGCAAUACCUAAAGAGCUGCCUCUCCGGAGAGACUGCGGACGUCAUCGCGAACGCUCCAUUGACCGAUGCCGAAUACGAGGGUGCAUGGACCGACCUAAUGACUCGUUACGAUAACGGCCGCAUUUUGCUUUUCGUGCAUAUGCGCAACCUCUUGUUAUUAAUGAUAACGGAACACCUUGUAAAUCGAUGGGGACGAGCCAGCAUUAAAAGCUACCUUCGACAUCUUCGUAAAGCACCAUCAAAAAUAGGAGGUAUUGUCAAAUAUAUACAUACGAGAGCAAUUUGUGGAACACGAUAUCCAAAACGUUGGAAACGCGGACUUGGUUAUCAAUAUAUAAUGCAGACCAUCUUUGACAUCACGCAAGUAAAAUUCGUGCAUAUGUACUGCUCACAAGGUCGUACCGCUUUUGGCCGAGUCAAUAUCAAUAGUUCCAUAUAUCAAUAGUUCCAGG